AUGAAUCUGUUCCAGAUUUCCGUAGCUCUUGGAGCAGUGUUGGCGGUCAGAAGUCAAGACCCCACAACUGUCUGCUUCCCGCCAGUUUACCAGGCCGCGUAUUUGAACCUGAUAAAUGAGGACAAGGGCACCAUCUACGUGGAUUUCAAAAAAGAGCUCUGGGUCGAGGUGUCUGCUGUGACUGGGGUCCGGACCGUCAGCGAUUUCGCGAACCUGAAGACACACGUUAUAACUGGACAAGGGAACCACACCUCCUGCAAGUCGUUCCAACUGAGACAAAGCCAGAUCAUGCAUCCCUGUUUACCCCAACAUUUGACAUCCCCACGGAGUACGACACCAUCUACAGGAUCUUCUUUUCUCAUGAAUGUCAAGCAUGUAGCUACACCAAAACCACGUGUCCCGUCAGUUGUUGAUGUUUCCAACAUUUAA